AUGCCUAGCCAGGUUGAGGGCUCUGAGAACGAUGAGGCUGAGCUAGAGCCUCCACUGGGACCUGAGCCUGAAGCUGGAAUCCCUGCUCCUUGGAUUGCUGGUUGCCUGGUCUCCCUGGACUUUGUGACCUUGGAUUUACCUAUAUGUCUCAUCACUCUCUGGAACCCUCGACUUUGGAUCUCUGACAGCCCCAGAUAUUACUUGGGUCAGGCCCAUGGUUAUCAUGACAGACAUGAAAUCCUGAUAGGCUCUAGUGUAGUCUCUGCAUGGAUAUUGAAGUCCCCCAACACAACAAGCCAAGGGAACUCCAAUGCCACUGCAGAGACCAACUCUGUCAGCUCAGGAAGGGAGAGUGUUGUGCAGCAGGGUGGUGUCCUUCCAGAACCAAUGACUUCACUGGUGCAAGAUUCUGAUGUGUCAGCUUAUUCACAGUACAACCCUGUGCCCUUUACUCCAGCACAGCUUCCACUCUCUUCAUCACCUUGUUACUCUAGCCUUGGCUUCUAUUCCCAACAGCCUGAGGAAUGGUACUCCCCUAUCAUUUAUGAGUUCAGAAUGCCUUAUGAUAACUUCUACACCAAGGAGCCAGACCUGGAGAGCACGUCUGUGGUCAUGAAGUCUUGGAUAGGGAUUUCCUCAGGAAGAAUGAAAGGAGAAGAGUUGUGUGUUGUGUGUGGCAACAAGGCCUCUGGGUACCAUUAUAAUGGUGAGGGCUGCAAAGGAUUCUUCAGAAGUAUCACGAAAAAUGCUAUUAAAAUUAAAAUUAAAUUAAAAAAAAGAAAAAAAGAAAAAUGCUAUGUACUGUAUAAGCGGAACAAACUCCCUCAGAGUGACUGCAAGGAAGUAGGGCUGCUGGCUGAGUGUUUGUUAAAAGAAAUACAAUGCAAGUCAAAAAGGCUAAGAAAAAAUAUGUCACAGUCUCUAGAUCAGUCAGCUGGUGAAGAUAAUGAUGGCUCUGACCUGAAACAAGUAUAUUCUACAACCAAAUUCUACAAGGAGAAAGUAGAACUAACCCAAGAACAACAGAAUCUUCUUCACUAUAUCAUGGAGUCAUAUAAUAAACAACAGAUUCCUCCUGAAGCUUUUACAAGAGGAAUCAGGCUGACUAAGGCGUUAUCAUUUUUAUGGCCACUAGUCCAUGUACAGGUCCUUGUGGAAUUCACCAAAAGAUUACCCGGCUUUCAAACCUUGACCCAUAGGGAUCAGAUUGCAUUGUUAAAAGGUUCUGUGUUUCUCCAAUCAGCUGAGAUCUUCAACAAGAUACUCCCUAUCAGGCCAUGCUGA